UCAGCAACUGUUACUUCUCUCUUAGAUACGGUAUCCUGGCCAUUUCUGCUAAAGAAUGUUCAGCUAAUGAAUAUGAAAGAGGGUCAUUUCAAAGAACGUAUAAAGAGUGGGAUUAUUAAUCUGGAUAAGCCGUCGAAUCCGUUUCCACACGUCGGAUGGGUGAAAAGUGCUCUUGCCGUAGAAAAGACUGGUCACAACGGAACCUUGGACCCUAAGCUUACCGGAUGUGUAAUUGUGUGCAUUGAACGAGCCUCAAUACUUACUAAAUUGUUGAAGUUUUCAGGCAAUAUUUUUCAAAGGCCUCGGCUCGUGGCAACAGUUAAAAGGCAGCUUCGAAUUAAAAUAAUUUAUGAGAACAAGCUUUGUGAAUAUGCUGAGGGAGAACUUGGUGUGGUCAAGUGUGAGACCCGGACCAAC